AUGCAGAGCUAUGCUAACCUCGAUUCAUGCAGCUCGGUGGACGUGCGAGCUCGUCUCUGGAUUUGCCCAUUCUGCCUCUCAAGGAACCCGCUUCCACCUCAUUACAAAGACAUUACUGCCAACGCCAUUCCUCCCGAGCUGCAUCCCUCCAACACUACGAUCGAAUACCGUCUCUCACGCCCAGCACCAAGCCCUCCCAUUUUCCUCUAUGUCGUGGAUACCUGCCAAGAGGAGGACAGCUUGGCUGCGCUGAAGGAGUCACUGGUUAUGAGCCUGAGUCUCCUCCCCGAGAAUGCGCUUGUCGGAUUGAUCACAUACGGUACAAUGGCCCAAGUCCACGAGAUCGGCUACACCGAAUGCGCCAAGUCAUAUGUCUUUCGCGGCAGCAAGGAUUAUUCUGCGAAGCAGGUUCAAGAAAUGCUGGGUUUGCUGUCCCCAUCGAUGCGCCCAGGCAUGCCCCAGCAGCAGCCCGGCAGACCGAUGCCUGCUGGCCCUGCGUCACGAUUCUUGCUGCCCGUCCAGCAGGCCGAGUUUCAACUGACGAAGGCGCUGGAACAACUCCAGAAGGACCCCUGGCCCGUUGCCAACGACCGCAGGAGUCUGCGAUGCUCUGGCGUCGCUCUCAGUGUUGCCGUGGGACUACUCGAAUCCUCUUUCCAGCACGCUGGUGGUCGCAUCAUGCUGUUUGCUGGUGGCCCUGCGACUGAGGGACCCGGCAUGGUCGGGCUUUGCAACUCAACUGGCGGUCAUAUGAUUCUGACGGAUAGCUUCACCUCAUCUAUGUUCAGGCAAUCCUUCAUCCGCGUGUUCGAAAAGGACGGCGAUGACAACUUGCUUAUGGGAUUCAAUGCCACCCUCGAGGUGUUGACCACCAAGGAACUCAAGGUCACUGGUCUGAUUGGCCAUGCCAUUUCACUCAACAAAAAGUCCACGUCAGUGGGUGAAACGGAGUGUGGAAUCGGCAACACAUGCUCUUGGAAGAUGUGCGGUAUUGACCCCAACGCCAGCUACGGCGUCUACUUCGAGAUUGCGAGCCAAGGAGGUCCUACGCAGCAUCAGCAAACGCCUCAGAAGGGCAUGAUUCAGUUCCUUACAUACUACCAGCAUUCCUCUGGUCAGUUCCACUUGAGGGUAACAACGAUUGCCAGAAAUCUCAGUGGCCCAGCUGGCGACCCGGCGAUCGCACAGUCCUUUGACCAGGAAGCUGCCGCUGUACUCAUGUCCCGCAUCGCUGUCUUCAAGGCCGAGGUGGAUGACGGACCAGAUGUUCUUCGGUGGGUUGACAGGAUGCUUAUCAGACUCUGCUCCCGGUUCGCAGACUACCGUAAGGAUGAUCCGUCAUCUUUCCGCCUGGAGAAGAACUUCACAUUGUACCCCCAAUUCAUGUUCCACCUGAGACGAAGCCAGUUCCUUCAGGUCUUCAACAACUCACCCGACGAGACGGCCUUCUACCGUCAUGUCCUCAACCACGAGGAUGUGAGCAACUCGCUUAUCAUGAUCCAGCCCACACUAGAUUCGUACACCUUCGACCAAGAUGGUGGGCAACCCGUUCUCCUGGACUCGACUUCGAUUCAACCCACCCAUAUCCUUCUUCUCGACACUUUCUUCCAUAUUCUUAUUUUCCAUGGAGAGACCGUGGCGGAAUGGAGAAAAGCGGGCUAUCAGGACCAGGAGGGCUAUGAGAAUUUUGCCUCUUUGCUUGAGCAGCCCAAGGAAGAUGCCAGAGACCUCAUCACCGACAGAUUCCCGCUCCCACGAUUCAUUGUUUGUGAUGCGGGUGGAUCACAAGCUAGAUUCCUUCUCUCAAAACUUAAUCCCUCGACAACGCACACCACUGGUGCCUAUGGCGGGGUGGGUGCGCAGAAUGCGCAAACCAUCUUCACCGAUGAUGUCUCCCUGCAGACCUUCAUGGACCAUCUCAUGAAACUCGCCGUAAGUGGCACCAACUAA